UGUAGCCUGCGCGAGCAGCCCUCCACAUAGCCCACACGCACACGCGCAUGCACCCCUCGCGCACAGCGAGCAGGCGCGGUGGAUGUGAAGCAGUCCCCCCACCUCCCCACACUCCAAGCGGACGGACGGACGGAGCGAGUCGUCGGGAUUAAUUGAGGAAACUCACACCCGCGGUGUUUUCGCCGUUGCUAACUCGCUUAAAAAGGGGCCCCGGGACUUCGCCGUGUUAGUCUGGUCCGGUGGGAAAACGUCGAGCCAAGCGGACCGAGCGGCACCGGAACAUUGGAGGGAGAAAACAAGUAACAAGUGUGGAGUUUUUCUUUUGACAGCUGCGCUGCUGCCAGGCUGACAAACAUCAGUGACCGGGAGGUGAGCUGUCAUCCUUUCAGCUGCCUGAUGACCGACCAGCCCUGCAGCUGCGCAUCCUGACCGCCUCGGCCUCCGUUUGUGUGUCUGGACAUCCACGAUGACUUGGAGGAGACUUGACUGGUGGAGCCCCUGCUGACACCUCCGGUCCCCAGACAUCCGCCCCAACCCCCCCCACCCCCUCCCCUUUCCUGACGGCUUUGGCGUACCCUCUUUCUGUGGAGCCCCCGCCGCCCUGUCGAAGCUGUCGCCAUGGCCAGCCUGGUGCUCAACGAGACCGGAAUGGAGGACUGCGGCAUUGACGACUCCUUCAAGUACAACUUGUACUCGGUGGUCUACAGCGUGGUCUUCGUCUUGGGCCUGAUCACCAACUGUGCCGCCCUCUUUGUGUUCUGCUUCCGGAUGAAGAUGCGCAAUGAGACCACCAUGUUUAUGACUAAUUUAGCGUUGUCCGACUUGGUGUUCGUUUUCACGCUGCCGUUCAAGGUCUUCUACAACGUCAACCGCCACUGGCCUUUCGGCGACGGACUGUGUAAGGUGUCGGGGACUGCCUUCAUCACCAACAUCUACGGCAGCAUGCUCUUCCUCACCUGCAUCAGCGUGGACCGCUUCCUGGCGAUAGUCUACCCGUUCCGCUCGCGCUCCAUCCGCACGCGCAGGAACGCGGCACUGGUGUGCGCCGCCGUGUGGCUGACCAUCGUAGGGGGAGGAAUAUCGGUGACCUUCUUCUCCACCAUUAACAACAAACACAGAGCCACCACGUGCUUCGAGGGCUUCUCCAAGAGCACCUGGAGGAACUACCUGUCCAAAAUCACCAUCUUCAUCGAGAUUGUGGGCUUCCUUCUCCCCCUCCUGGCCAACUUGGUAUGCUCCUCGCUUGUUCUACGGACGCUGCGCCGUCCGAUGACCGUUGGUCACGGCUGUAACAGCAAGAAACGUGUCCUACGGAUGAUUCUGGUCCACCUGGGCAUCUUCAUCAUCUGCUUCGUCCCCUAUAACUCCAUCCUCUUCCUGUACGCCCUGGUGCGGACUCAGGCCCUGGCAAACUGUGGCGUGGAGCGCUUUGCCCGAACUCUUUACCCCAUCACUCUGUGCCUGGCAAGCCUCAACUGCUGCCUGGACCCUGUGGUCUACUACUUCACCUCCGAGAGCUUCCAGAAGAGCUUGACCAUGGGCGGCAAAGGGACGGGCUCCCGGCCCGAGAGUCUUCCCCGCAGCGACACCGAGACCCAGGACGCGGCGAACACUCUCCCCAGAGACACACACAACCCGGCCAGCAACGGAAAGGAGUCAAAGAUGUCCGAGAGUCAGUUCUGACUCGGCACUGAAGAAGGAAGGUGAAGGAGGACAGUGUUGGUUUGAUGGGAGCCCUGAAUGUUAAACAACAAAGCAAUCAGCUGUUUGUUCCUGGAAGUGACAAACACAUAACUCAGCAGAUUAGUUAAGUCCUGAGGUAAACCCUGAGGUAUGGCCUGGGCUUUACGGAUUACUCCACCACUGGAGAGCAGAGGAAUGUAUCUGUGUGUGUUUAUUAUGAGAGAACACUACGGGGAUCAGACACCCAGCCACACUGGGACUAUUGUCCAGAGACACGCAGAGCCUCUAAAAGAGACUGCAACACAUCAUCACUCAGGCUUAACACACACACACACACAAACACUCACAGAUGCACUGGAUCGUGGGUUUCCAUCCGCAUCGUUGGACUAUGCUGUUAAGUGCUUUUGUAACAAGCUGAGCCCUUAAGUUGUAUUGUUAUAAAGUCCAAGCUUUCACAGCACAUUAUAUCACGUUAGACCUUAAUGUUAUGACACUCGUUAGUGUGGUGAUACCCACUGCUAUUAUAACACAGGAGUAAAAUGUGUCUCGUGUUGACAUUUGAGGCC